CUGGGGAACAGUGAGUGACAGAGGGGCAGCACAGACGGAUGCUCUGGGCUGCAGGAUGGAGGAGGCGGUGGUGAAGCAGGGCGUGCUGCACCUGCAGCUGCAGCAGACCUUCGGCAAGAAAUGGAAGAAGUAUUGGGGCGUUCUGUACCGCGAAACCCCCUGCUCCACCGCCCGCCUGGAGCUCUUUGAAAGCGCCGACAAACCGCGCAAGGGCGAAAGCAGCCGGCGCCUGGUGAAGCUGAGCGACUGCGUGCACGUGGCCGAGGCGGGCGGCGAGCCGGGCUGCCCCAAAGCCACGGCCCCGUUCCUGCUGGAGACCACCGAGAAACGCUACCUGAUGGCGGCCGAGGGCGGCGAGGCGGAGGGGUGGGUGAGGAGGCUGUGCCAGCUGGCGUUCCCGAGGAGCCAGGAGGAAGAGGCAGUGGGGAAGGACAGAGAGCUGAGCUCCGACAGCGAAUUCUCCAUGGCUGAAAAUUCCCUGUACAGCUCCCACAAAGGCGUGGAGCACGACUUCGAGGUGACGCUGAGGGCCACCGAGUCGUCAGAGCGCUGCCGCCUGCGGGGCCGCUUCGUGCUGCGGGCGGGCGAGGAAGCCUUGGAGCUGCGGGACGUGAAGAGCAGGGAUGUCCUUUACAGCUGGCCCUACCGCUUCCUGCGGCGCUUCGGGAGGGACAAGGUCACCUUCUCCUUCGAGGCCGGCCGGCGUUGCGCCUCCGGCGAAGGGAACUUUGAGUUUGAGACCAGACAAGGCAACGAGAUCUUCCAGGUGAUCGAAUCGGCCAUCGCCGUGCAACGGGAACGGGGCGGCCUUGGGGACGAGGGCACACGGCCGCGCCAACCGACCCAGCUCCCCGAGAGGGCUCAGGAGCACGAGGAGCACCGCGCUAAGAGCAUCUACACCGAACCCCGCGGCCCUCUGAUCCACAGCGCCCCGUCGGCCGGGCCCAAAGCUCCGGAGAAAGGUGUGAGGAAGGAUGCUGUGGAUGAAUUGGAGUACGCCGUUCCCUUCGAUACCAUCGCCAAGUCGCUGAUGGUUGGAAAAUUCGGGAGCAUCCUCCAGGACCCCGCCGAUGCUCCGGAUCCGCUGUAUGACAGCAUACAAGAGGCGAGCGGCCAUCCGCCGUUGCCUCGUCCCCGCGCCAAACCGGAGCACAUCUACGAUGAGCCUGAGGGUGUGUGCGCCCACACUGUCUACGAUGAGCCCCAGGAGGUGAAGGGCGAAGCGUGGAGGCUGCAGGCGGCCCCCGAGGAGCCUUUGGGGCACAAAUAUCCCUACAACCCACAGCGGGACGACUACGCCGUGCCCAAGAGAGCCGUCCCGCUGCGGCAGGGCAAGGAGUGGAUUGGGGACACCGAGUACGACAACGUGGUCUUUCAGUUGGCCAAGAAGAGGAACAAGCAGUGAGAGAGCGG